AUGAUCGAACCCAUGCAAACCGCCGGCGCCUAUGGGCCUUCAGGUCGCGCACUGGAAACAUACAAACACGGCAAAGCUUGGGAUCUCAUGAACCAGGCCAAGCAAUAUCCAGCAUACGAUCAAAAGACCUGCCCUGGUGGCUUUAUAAAUUUGUCCGGUGCGCUGAACAUUCUGAUGCGGGAUUGGCUAAAGGACUAUUGUGACCAAAAUAUGGAGAAUAUUCGGAUUUCCCAAGUCCUAUCUUAUGGUAGCAUAUCUGGUGGACCUCAGCUUCAGAGCGCGAUGGCUGCAUUCUUCAACCACUUUUUUCACCCCAGCACCCCAGUUGAGCUAGCACAGAUUGUGGCAACGAAUGGUGUCACGUCCAUGAUCGACCUUGUAGCUUGGACUCUGUGCGAUCCUGGUGAUUCCGUUUUGUACUUGGCGCCAACGUUUUACAUGCUGGACUACGACCUAGCAUCACGGAACGGUAUUGUCGGUGUGCCCGUCUCUACGACGAUGCUUGAUAAUCCGUUUGGUGGUGACGACGAGGACAUCCAAAAAGGAUUUCCGCCACGAAUUCUGUUUCUUUGUAAUCCUGCAAAUCCCCAAGGCCGCUGCUACUCUGCCAAGGCUCUCGAAGCGCUCGCUAGAUUCUGUGCACGUCGUCGGAUGCAUCUCGUCGUCGACGAGAUAUAUGCCCUCUCCCACUUCGGUGAUGAGCCUUUCUCCUCAGUUCAGGCCAUCGAAGACGACGAAGAAGCGGGAGUUGACGUCAAGCAAAUGGUUCAUGGCAUUUAUGGUCUGAGUAAAGACUUUGACAUGGGCGGCGUUCGCAUGGGAUUCCUGAUCUCGCGAAACACUGCAUUCGUGGAUGCGAUUAAGAGAGUAACUUGGUUCACGUGGAUCACCGCUUUCUCCGAGGCCUUUGUUACCAAUUUCUUCAGUCAGCUCAACCUUGUACAAGAAUAUGUGUCCAUCUACCAAAGCCGUCUCGGUGAGGCGUAUUCCAGGACACACGAGGCCCUCGUCAAAAAUGAUAUUCCAUUCCAGCCAGCUACUUCCGGGCUGUUUGUUGUGGUAGAUCUUAGUCCGUGGAUGAGAUACUUCGACGGGCCCGAUAAGGCGGACAAUCCAGCUGAGACUCGCGAGGUACAGCUUUGCAACUGGCUCCUGGAGGGGGGUGUCUUUUUAAAUCCGGGACAGUUUGCCUUUUCCGAUAAGCCAGGGCAGUUCCGAUUGGUUUUCACGGAAGUACCCAUCGAGACUGUUGUCCUCGCGGUAGAAAGAAUCCGGCUGUCCCUGGACAAGCUACAGAACGGCUCGUUGCUUAAAAACAUGCGGCAGUUCGAGAAUGAGAGUGAUCAGGUAAAAUUGGACGAUCAAACAACGUUGUGCGUUUCAGAACGUGUUCGAGACGAAAACGUCGAUCAUAAAAAGACAAUUCAAUUGGAAGGAGGUGAGAAGGGAAUGAGCCGAUUCCGAUUAGUGUGGCAGAAACUUAAUUGCGUACAGUAG